CUCCUGAACCCUUAACAUGUUGUUCUUUGUAACUGCUGCUCUGAUCGCUGCUUCAGUGGCCUUCCCACUUGAAGAUGAUGAUAAAAUCAUCAAUGGCUAUGAGUGUCCUCGGCAUUCACAGCCUUGGCAAGCCUUUCUGACCACCAACAACAAACGCUGGUGUGGAGCCGUUCUCAUCAACGAGUGGUGGCUGGUGUCUGCUGCCCACUGCUAUAAACCCCCCAGCACUUUGACCGUACACCUUGGGGAACACAACCUUGUUGAGGAGGAAGGCACUGAGCAGCACAUCAAGGUUGCCAAAGCCAUCAACCACCCCGGCUACAUCUCCUGGACGGCUGACAAUGACUUCAUGCUGAUCAAACUCCAGAGACCUGUUCAGUUCAAUGAGUACAUCCAACCAAUCCAACUGGCAAGCAGCUGUGCCCUCGCAGGCAGCCAGUGCCUGGUAUCUGGGUGGGGAAACCUAAAAAUAUCUGAAGUUCAGUAUCCUGAUGUCCUUCAGUGUCUUCAAGUUCCCAUUCUCUCUGAUGCAACAUGUCGUCAAGCUUAUAAAAACCAAAUUACAAGCAACAUGUUCUGUGCCGGCUUCAUGGAGGGUGGAAGGGACUCAUGUCAGGGUGACUCUGGUGGUCCCUUAGUCUGCGAUGGAGUGCUGCAAGGCGUUGUUUCAUGGGGAGAUGAAUGUGCCAAAGCAAAUGCACCAGGAGUGUAUGCCAAAGUGUGCAACUACAAUGCCUGGGUUGAAGAAAUUAUUGGAAAGAACUAAAUGAAUGAACUGAUUGAAUUU